AUGCUGAAAAAGAAGCAAGUAACACUUCAGAAUAGUAUACCAGGAAAAUUCAUUCCAAGAAAUGUUUCAUCAUCGGGAUCAGCUUUUCCAUCGGGAGCUAAUGAUAAUCGAUUUAAUUCUAAAAUGGCUGAAUUACUUGCUUCAUCAUCAUCAAUAAAUGAUGAAAAUGAAUUUCUGUCAACAAAAUCUUCUCAAGAUAAUUUAACAUCAAAUGAAUUAAUAUCCAAUGAUUCAUCAUCGAUUCAUUCAAAAUUAUUUCAUAGACGUAUUGUUACAAUGAUUGAAGCAUCAAAAAAACCUAAUAAUGAUCUUUCAGCAACAUCUUCUUAUACUGAACAAAAAUCUCAACCAAUUACGUUUGGUCAAUUACGACAAGCAACAAUAGCAUCUACAUGUGCAACUAUUAUUGAUGAUAAAUCAAUUUCUCAUUCAAUAAUAACAGAUACGGAAGACAAACAUCAGAAAAAUAUAACGUCAUUUACAAGAGAUAAUAAUUUGGAUUUAAAUUCAAUAACAUUAAAAUCUUGUAGUAAAUAUCAAACGAAUAAAGAACGAUUAUAUUAUUCACCAUCACUUGAACAAUUAUUUGAACAACAAAAUAUUAUUUCACAAACAAAAAAAGAAGAAGAGGAAAAAUCUCAACAAUCAUCAUUAACUGUUGAUGAAAUUCUUGCUAUGUAUUAUUCUAAAGUAAAUGUACCAACAAAUAUCGAAUCUCAUUUACCAUCUUUAGUUUAUCCAAAUAAUACAACGACAACAACAAGUAAUUCAGGUUUUUGUAUACAUUCAUCAGUACCAAGUUGGAAUUCAUCACCAAACAAUCAAUAUACCAUUCCAUCACCUCGAUUAUUAUCAAAUGAUCAAAAUAAAAUCCGACCACCACCACCAUCCUAUUUAUCUAGCGUAACUAAUAGUACCUAUAGGAUGGCUCCCAUAGUACCUAAUUCACCACAACAUCUCAUUCAUUCAGCUGGUUCAUUACCUGUUUUAAAUCAUCUUUAUCCUCGAUCAUCAUCAACACAAUAUCCAUCAAAUAAUCUUCCAAAUUCUACUUUAUCAUUUUCUUCAAUUUUGACAAAUCCUACAAGCAAUAAUUCUUAUCGUCCUCCACCUCCACGAUAUCAAUCACUAACAUCAAAUAAUAUCGAACGUUCAUAUUCAACUUUACCAUGUAUAAAUGAUUGUUCUACAUCUAAUCAACAAAUAAAAACUAACAAUAAUAAUGCAUCAGCAGGUUUUGAUCGUGAAUUUUCUCGUUUACUCUAUGGGAAAGAUGCUGAAAAAACUCGACGUAAAAAACAAAAACGUAAAGCUUUUAGUGAUCCUGUUAAACGAAGUGUUGAAGAAGCCGGUCGAUCUGCAGAAAAAGGCCAUCGUCGAGUAACAACUCAUUUAAAUAAGACUGAUACAUUUAAAGAAGAAGAUGACGAUGAUGAUGAAAUUGAAUCUGAUCGAUCAAUUAAUCAUAAACAAGAAUUAAAUCUUUCACGACGACGACGUUUUCAUCGUCAAUCGGAUCUUAUUGAAAAAACUCGAGAAUCUACAAAAAAAUCUCUUCCAUCAAUAAAUCCAUCAUUAAAACGUCGAAUUCCAUCAUUUUUACGUGUCUAUUCUCAAGCAUCAUCAUCAAAUGAUAUUCUACUUCAAUGGCAUCUAUUUAAUUUAUCUGAGCUUGAAUCAUUCUACACAAUGAUAACAAGAUUAUAUAAAAAUGAAAAUUUAGCUCGUGUACAACUUUAUGAAGCAUAUCGAGCAGCAUUAAUUUCUGCUCAUACAUCGAAAACAUCAUCAAAUUCUAAUGCAAUUUCUACAAAUUUAUAG